AUGGGACCAUUCCCCAAGUCACAUGGAAAUGAGUACAUCUUGGUAGCAGUAGACUAUGUAUCUAAGUGGGUUGAAGCAGUUGCAAGUUCAACCAACAAAAGUGAGGUGGUGAUCCGUUUACUUCAAGGUAUAAUUUUUCCAAGGGCUGUGGCCACACUUUUAUCAAAGUAUCAUAUCACACAUAGAGUAGCUACUGCAUAUCAUCCUCAGACAAGUGGGCAAGCAGAGAUUUCCAAUAGAGAGAUUAAGCGAAUUUUGGAGAAAACUGUGAAUCUCAAGAGAACCGAUUGGAGUAUAAAAUUAAACGAUGCUCUUUGGGCGUAUAGAACUGCAUAUAAGACUCCAAUUGGCAUCCGGAGAAAAGCUAAGUUACAACUCAAUGAAAUGGAAGAAUUACGCGAGGAGGCCUAUGAGAAUGCGAAGAUCUACAAGGAAAAGACAAAGCGCUAUCAUGACCAGCACAUUGCACCGAAGGAGUUCUUUUCGGGACAAAAAGUGUUGUUAUACAAUUCUAGGCUUAAACUUUUUCCUGGUAAGUUACGAUCAAGAUGGUAUGGGCCUUUUCAGGUGGUUCGAGUAUAUCCCCAUGGAGCUGUUGAUAUCAAGAACUUAAAAACGGGUAAUGAGUUCAAAGUCAAUGGACAUCGCCUCAAACCGUAUUUGGAAGCCAACUUUGAUGCUGCUGAGUCCAUCACUAUCCUUCAAGAUUCAAAAGCCUGA